AUGGCCAAAGAGAAUGUCCCUUCACCUAGGCCGAAGGUGCCUGGGUUCACAGAGUCGUUUUGGUCUACGGACUAUGCUGGGGGGUUGGGAGUCCUUUUCCAGAAGCUGCAACAAGGCGUGGUCGAGAAUCAGCAGCUCCUGACAAUCGCGAGCAUGCGAGCAGACGCCGAAGAAGUAUACAGCGACCGGUUGGGAGAUAUAGCGCCAACCAUUGACCGAAUGACGGGUGGAUUCGCCAGGGACGACGGCGCAAGUGUUCGCAAGGCAUACGAAGGUGUCCGAAGCGAGAUGAUAGAAGCGGCCAGGAACCACAGAAAGAUAGCAGAUAAUAUUCGCGAGUUGGUCGUCCAUCCCUUCUCCAGAUGGUGCGAUGCGCAUGCGACAAGGAUACAAAACUCGCAGGACGAACUACAAGCGAAGAUCAAAUCCCACGACAGGCAAGCGGAAGCGGUCAAGAAGCUGAGGAGCCAUUACUUUAACAAGUGCAGGCUCGUGGAAGACCUUGAAGAGGAGAACAAACUUGCAUUCCAAGCACCAGGGAAGGAGAGUCCCAAGCCGCAAAGUCCACCGCCUCCUAGAAUUGUGCUGCCGGACGAUGAUGAUGAUGACGAAUUUCCGGUCGAGAUCGGAGACCAGACAUACCCGCCUCAGAAGUUGAAGGCUCUCUUGACGCAUAUGUUGGAGACGAUUCCGCUCGGCGAGUACAAGGUUCCUAUCUUGGGAACGUACCAGAACGUCUCUGCAGGCACAGACAUCGUCGACUACAUACAGAAACACAUGAAAGCAUCCACCAUCGGAUACGCGGAGCAGAUCGGCCAGGACCUGGUGGACCGGGGAUUCUUGCGGCUUAUAGGCAAUGUGGGCAACACAUUUGCGAACAGUUCGAAGUUGAAGUAUCAGUGGAAACCUCGGGUCUUCCAGAUCACAGGCGUGCCCGAAAAGAAGAAGGCUCUUGGACGCUCGACAACGGGCUCGUCAAUGGAGGGUCUUCUAGAAUCACCCACAAUUGGAACCAUUACAGAGACUCUGCAGACGUGGAACCCCCUGAACAACCCUUACCCGAACGAGACGCCCGCCGAGCGCCUACGACGUGAGGCUCGAGAAGCGGAUGAGAAGUACAAGGCUGCAGUGCGGAAACUUGAUUUGCUCCGAUGCAAUCUGGAAGAAUCGAUAAUGGAUCACUUGAAGUUCUUAGAACGAUGUGAAACAGACCGGCUCCGGGCCAUCAAGGCCGUGAUCCUUGACUUUUCUGGCGCCAUCAGCAACAGCAUCCCAUCGUUUCAAAGCCAAGUCGACCAUAUGAUGCUCUAUCAAGAAACUAUUCAGCCUCUCGGCGACCUGCGUUACUUUCUGGAGAAUUACAGAACGGGGGCUUACAUCCCCAAGGUCACACCCUACGAGAACUACUACGGGACCGUGGACGAACAGACGUUUGGCGUUGACUUGGAAGCUAGAGCGAGAGCGGACCGGAAACGGGUACCCAUAAUCGUCACUUCGAUCUUGACUUUCCUCGACAACCAUUAUCCAGACCUUGAAGGUGAUGGAGCCCGGAGAAACAUCUGGCUUGUCGAUGUCCCUUUGGCAGCAACGCACCAUUUAAGGAAUCAAAUCAACAAUGGAGCACCGAUACCGGCAGGGGUAUUGGAGAGAUAUGAAGUGCCCAUCGUAGCAAGCGUCUUGAAGUUAUACCUGCUCGAACUACCGGACUCGCUUGUUUCUGCACAGGUGUACGAGAUCAUCAAGACAAUCUACGCAACGACGCCCGACGCGCUUCCCAACCCCAUCUCCAGCGACUCGAUCGAUGCUACACCAAGGAUCAAGGUGCUACAAUCGACUCUAGGUCAGCUCCGUCUCAACAACAUUGCAACUUUGGAUGCUAUCAUAACACAUUUCACUCGGCUGAUCGACCUCACCUCAGCGGACGAAGCCUACGUGACUGCCCUGGCCCAAUGCCUGGCUCCUUGUAUUCUGAGACCGCGGAUAGAGAAUUCCCUUACAUUGGAAGAGCGUCAUCCGUACCGGCUCGUUCGAGAUCUUUUAGAUCAUAAAGAGGCCAUCUUUGGUGAACUCAAACGCCAAUCCUCCACUCGCUCUGUAUCUACCAGCGUUUCACAGCGGCAGAGAGCGGUCAGCAAUACCGAUGAAAGCUCACGAAGGGCUGCUAUGGAGGCGAGGGCACGAGCCAUCACAGAGCAGAGACAACGAGACAAAAGCCCGGCACCAAGCAGCCGGCACAGACGUGACAAAAGUACGGAUGGAAGUUUGGGCCGAUUCCCCGUGGUUGCGAGCCCCAGGACAGAGCACGGCCGAAGUGUCAGCGCAGUUGGCUUGCCCGCCGGAAAGCGAAUCAGUCUGGAAGUACCUGGGAGCAUCGAAGGAUCGCCCAUCCAUGCCAGAAACCAGACGGCGGUAGAGAGAAAUUCCGCCACAAAACUCGAACCCUCCGAUUCCACAAUGAACGGACUAGGAACAUCAUCUCCGGGAAUCCUAGACAUGCCAGGUGCCUUCAGCGGUGGUGGUCCUGGCCCACAUAUCCCACCACCGCCCGACGAUGACAGCCAGGAGGAGGAGCCGUCAGUGUCGGCAUCGAGAGAGCAAGGGCAAGGCUCAAGAGUUGGCUCUCUGAAAAAGAACGGAGCAGCCAGUGAGCGGAAACCAGUGGGCGGUGCCGGAACGGGAAGUAUGAGCCGGAGGAUCAACCAAAGUGGAAUGGAUAACCAGGGUUCGGCAGCAACCACACGGGGAGUCCAGUUGACGGACAAGGCGAUGGACGACUUCUCAUGA